AUGUAUUCAACCACUCGACAAACACCAAAGUGCGCUGGAUGUUCUGACACGUUGGUAGCAGUCGAAAAUAAAUUACCGAUAACCGCGGCGACCAAUCCGAUAGCGUUCAAGUGGAAAGAUGCGUUCGAUAAAGGAUCCAUCUUCUUCAGCAAAGCAUCGCUGACAUUAACCGAUGGAUCGUUCGAACGCGCCGCAGUGUUGUUCAAUUGUGGUGCACUGAUGUCGGGUAUCGCCGCAUCACAAACGAUGCACACCGAUGAAGAGAUGAAAAUCGCGGCCAAAUUGUUCCAGCAGUCUGCUGGUGUUUUUGCAACGUUGAAGGAUACUGUUCUGGGUCUGGUGCAACAGGAACCAACACCAGAUCUAAUGCCGGAUACAUUGGCCGCGUUAUCGACCAUAAUGUUAGCGCAAGCGCAGGAAGCGAUCUACAUUAAAGCUGAAAAAGAUAAAAUGAAGCAGUUAGCGUUAGUGAAGAUCGCUUCACAAUGUGCUGAAUUUUAUCAUGAAGCGCAGAAACAAAUACAUCGUGAUACGUUAAGAGGACUCUUCGAUAAGGAAUGGGUAAAUACGGUGACUGGUAAGUCGUUGGCAAUGUCAGCACUUGCGCAGUAUCAUCAAGCAAUGGUGUGUGCUGACUCGAAACAAAUCAGUGAACAGUUGAGUAGGCUUACGGAAGCUCAAUCACUGAUCAGUCAAGCGAAUGGGUACCUGCCGUCGUCAGCAUUUUCCACACAAACUUCUAUCAUUCAGAAGGCGUAUCAAACUGCAAAAAAAGAUAACGAUUUCAUUUACCACGAACGUAUUGCCGAUUUCCGCUCUCUACCAGCUUUACCGAAGGCAACGCUUGCAAAACCGCUGCCAGUGAACUUCCCGAUGACACCGCGAUUCAAAGAUAUGUUCUCAUCGCUUGUCCCCGUACAAGUACACUCCGCAUUGGCUUCGUACGACGCUCGUAAGGCUGAAGUUGUUAAUAUGGAAACUGGUAGAUUGAGGGAAUAUACACAGAUCAUGAAUGGUAUCUUAGCAUCGCUGAAUCUUCCGGCUGCACUGGACGAUGCGACCAGUCAAGAGGCAUUACCCGAGUCGAUCAGGCAGAAGUCGUCGAAAGUGAAGUCGUUGGGUGGUAUUGAUGCGGUUACGUCAUUAAUCGCUGAUCUGCCGAAUCUUUAUAAACGAAAUCAAGAGAUUCUAGAUGAGACUUCACGUCUUUUGGCUGAAGAAAAAGAUAGUGAUGAUCGUUUGCGUGUUCAAUUCAAAGAUAAAUGGACUCGUAUGGGAUCCGAUAAGCUCACCGCACCUCUGCAUCAAGAGAUCGGCAAAUAUCGCGGUAUUCUACAGGCUGCGACGAACGCUGAUCAGAUUGUCAAACAAAAAAUGGAGGAAAGUCGUGAAGCCGUCAAACUGCUCAGCCUACCUGAACCUGAACUCAGAGCUGCGAUUCCCGGAUUGGAUCCGAAAAAUGUGAAUCAAAAUUCGGAAGCUGUACAAAAACUCAAAGCAUUGAUGGACACUGUUCAAGAAAUUAAGGUUGAACGUGAGAAAAUGGAGAAAGAAUUUGCUGCGGUUCAUUGCGAUAUGUCAUCGACAUUCCUCAAAGCGAUGGCCGAUAGUCAGAUCUUGAAUGAAGAGCAACUCUCAACGGCGAAAAUUAACGAGAUCUAUGCACCGUUGAGGGCGAAAGUAGUGGAAAGUGUGAAAAAACAAGAAAGUUGUCUGGCUGAUAUUGAGUUAUGGAAUAAGAAAUUCACGGCUGAGCGAGCGGGUAGUUCGAGUGCAGCAGAACGUGAGCGCAUUCUGAAGAUGCUCGCUAAUGGUCACGAUAAAUAUGUGGAGAUUAAGUCGAAUCUUCAAGAAGGAACUAAGUUCUACAAUGACCUAACACCGUUGUUGAUGCGUCUCCAGCAGAAAGUGUCAGAUUUCUGUUUCGCACGUCAAACCGAAAAAGAGGAUCUCAUGAAGCAGCUCCAACAAAAUAUUGUUUCUGGCCUAGAGGCAGCUGCGACAAAGGCGGCCAAAAUAGUGCACCGACAUAUCGAUGAACUGGCAACAAAAGUGAAUGUGAGUGGCUUGUCUGAAGGUUCAAGUAGCGGAGGGUCGUCGGCCUCAGCACCACCUCGCCCACCUCCACCGAAGACACAACAACCACAGAGCAAUCCAUUCGAUCAAGCCGACGAAGCACCGAUCCCUCCACCGCGAAAUGUGAACUCCCUAAACGGUAUGUUUCGUUUCGUUGCGUUCCACAUCUGCCCUACUCCAACUGCAGCAACAGCAACAGCCACAGUACCAGAUGCUUCGGUACCACCUCAAACAGGAGCCUAUCAAGCGCCACAGUGUAAUCCACAAUAUGGACAGGCACAACAACUACAGUAUACACCACAACCUUUCGGUAGAUUUCGUCGGAUGGUCUUUGAAUCAUCUGUUCGAACUGAAACUGUACCGAAAUUGUGCAAUGCUAUCAAAUUUACAGCUCAACCGAUGGCGUACAUGUACGCACCGCCACAGCAAGUGCCGUACAUGCAACCGCAAUUCAAUCAGAACUACACCACACCGUAUCCAAUCGCGUAUCCAGGUACUUAUCCGGGUGCAUUCAGUGCUAAUCUCGCUCCGCAUGGUGAGUGGUCUGUACUCGUUGUGUACUUUUACGGUCAAUUCCCCCCACCACCUCAACUUCCACAGCAGCAACAACAACAGCAGUGGGGUGCUGGCCAACCACCGGCUACGCAAUAA